AAACGUACGGCUGUCCUUCAUUCUCCAUCCUCCCCGCCCGCUCGAAAUCACCAAUAAAUAUAGCACAAACGGCCGUGCAAACACAAACAAACUGCCCUUCCCCGCAUCGACCAACAACCAUAGCGACGCGGCAGCAAGCCAGCAAGCUCCUCCUCCUCCUGCCCUGUCCACCAUGUGCUGCAGCGGCGACAACUGCUGCCUGCUCAAGUGCUGCGGCAAAUUGCUCUUGUUUCUCCUAUCAGCCGGCUUAUUCGUGCUCAUCUACUGGGCCAUCUUCCAGCCCCACCAGAUUCGCGCCACCGUCGGGUCCGCGACCCUAUCCAACCUCACCGUCUCCUCCGCCGGAGAGGUCUCCUACAAAUUCGCCGUCAGCCUCAGCCUCUACAACCCCAGCGUCCGCGUCGGCAUCUACUACGACACCAUCGACGCCGAGCUCCGCUUCGGGGACGCCGUCCUCGGCCCGGCCGCCAACGGCACCUCCCCGCCCGAGUUCUACCAGCGCAGGAAGACCAGCGACGACGUGAGGCUGGAGUUCGACUACGGGAGGCCGGGCGUCACCGUAGGCAGCGACGUCGCCGGGGAGCUCGAGAAGGAGAUGAAGAGCGGGGGGACGGUGAGCCUGGAGCUCGACGUGGACCUGCGGGUGAGAUACAAGUUCAGGAUUUUCAAGCUGCGCCAGAAGCCGAGGAUAUGGUGCUCGCUGAGCAUCCCGGUCAAGGCGGAGGGCCCGGGCCCGGGCGUCGGCGGCGCUGUUGCCCCCGGCGACCGGUGCAGGGUCAAGUACUGAUGAAUGCUGCUGGUUGAGUGGACUUUUUUCCUUUUGAUUUUGUUUUGGCGAGUAAAUGUUGGAUGGGCAGUUGUGCGCGUUUGUGCUUUCUUUGCUUGGAGCGAGAUUGGUGAGCUCAAGUUAAUUCCUGCGGAGGCAGAGAUCGUUAUUGUUAGUGACGCUAUUCUUGAUAUGAUGGAACAUUCAGUGUAAUAUUGGAUUAUUCAUUCAUUUGGGAGUAUAUGGCCAUGUUUAGUUUCCA